UUUUGUUUUAUACUUUAACGAAAGGUCGCUAAAAAUGAGAAUUGUUAUGCCGGAAUUUAUAAUAAAUUUGUAUAGAAGAGUGUUCCAAACGUGAUAGAUAUGUAAUCUCUAAAAUAUAAUGGAGACAACAAAAUCGCCAGUUCAGCAAUCACCAAAAAGCCAUCUAACACCAAAGAAAUCGUUUAUGUUCGAUCGUGAAAAAUUAUUAGAUAAAAUAAAUAUAUUAACGACAAAACCAGAGAAUCAAUCAAACAAUACAAAGCUACCGACUAUAAAGGAUUUUGUUAUUAUCAAGCCAAUAAGUCGUGGCGCGUUUGGCAAAGUGUUUCUUGGUUACAAAAAUAAUGAUCCAAAUAAGUUGUUUGCUAUCAAAGUAAUGCGUAAAUCUGAGAUGAUAAAUAAAAAUAUGGUUUCCCAGGUGAUAACCGAACGGAAUGCAUUGGCUUUGUCACGCAGUACAUUUUGCGUCAAUCUCUUUUAUUCGCUGCAGUCAAUAUCUAAUGUAUAUUUGGUAAUGGAAUACAUGGUAGGCGGUGACUUAAAGUCUUUGUUAGCCAUGUGUGGUUAUCUUGACGAAUCAGCGGUACGUUUUUAUGUAGCUGAAGUGGCAUUGGCAUUGCAAUAUCUACACGGACAUGGAAUUGUACAUCGUGAUAUAAAACCAGAUAAUAUGUUGUUAUCGGCUACAGGACACGUAAAACUAACAGAUUUCGGCUUGAGUAAAAUUGAAAUGAGAAGAGAUUUAGAGAUAUCAGAUUUAAUAAAUUGUUCACCAAAUUUAAAUUUAAAUGCACGCACACCUGGUCAAUUGCUGUCACUUACUUCACACCUGUCGUUUGGUUCAGAAAAGAAAUUAGAAUCUGGCAUAUCUCAUUUGCCAAAUAUGAUCAAUAAACAAAUUAUCAGAAUUGAGUCUUCAGAUAGUGAAGCUGACACUUCUAUAAAUGAAGUAGAAAAAACUAACGAAAGUAAAAUAUCUGGAGUUUCUCCAUUCUUUUCAGCAGAAGAAUUAAAUUAUUCUGCUACACAGACCUGUGCUACUAAUCAACUUUUAGAUAGUUCCUCUUCAUACCAUACAUGUCAAUCAAGUGAAAUUGGUAAAUGUUCUCCCAACUGUAAUAUCGUAAUCACAUCUGCUUCUAUCAUGGAAGAACAUGUGGGAUUAAACAAAAAUGAUAAUGCCACUCAAAGGAAAUUGCAUUGUAUUGGUUGUAAUUGCGAAAACAAACAAAUUGAAAAAGAAAAUCAUAAACAUUUAGCGAAGUUGGAAAGCGCUGAUGAGACAUCUUUUGAGUUUUCCAUGUUACGAAGACGCUCUACUGAGGAGCGUCUGCGUUUAUCAAAAGGACAAGAAGACUCAGGUGUCUCAUGCCGUAAAUCGGAUUGUUCAAAUUCCCAUGGCAAUAGUGAAACUUCCUCAAUUGACAAAACUGAAAACUUGUGCAAUUCUAAAGAUGACAGUUGUUCCGACUAUUCAAGAAGUUACAAUAACAACAAUACAAAUGAAAUAAGUGCCAUACGUAUGCAAUCACCAUUCCGUAAUUUAUCUAAAAACUUUAAACGUCCCGAUUAUAUAAGGGGAUUGAAGCGUAAAAUAAAUUUAAUGAACCGUUCAGAAAAUUUGUCUAUUGAUGCUGAUGGUUCAGGGUCAGGUAAUGCUAGCACUGGUUUAACACAGGAAAUUGAUAUUUUGGAUAUUGGUAGUAGUACACCAAAGAAACGUAAAGCUAAAUCACCAAUUCGUGGUGUAUUAAAAGUGCGUUCGCUAUCUGAUGAAGAAAUGCCUGUUGUAUUAACAGAAAAUGUGACCAAUGUUGUUUUUUCAACCCCGGUCUCAUCACAAAAGGUAUCACGUCGUGAUGGUGGACUAUUAGGAAAACUAAAAGCAACACGUUUUGCUCUGCCACUUUCGACAGACACUAAAAAGCCUGAACAAAUAAUUGAAAAAAUGACUGGAGUGCAAUAUUUAAAAAUGGCAGAUGAUCCAACAAUGUCACCAAUAAAUUUAGGCAGCAAUGCACCAAAAACACCUAAGAAUAUAAAUACACCAUUUCGAACACCAAAAUCCGUACGUCGUGGUCGUAACUCAAGUGAACGCAUUUUAGGUACACCCGACUACUUAGCACCGGAAUUAUUGUUAAGGCAAGGACAUGGUCCAGCCGUAGAUUGGUGGGCAUUGGGUGUAUGUUUUUAUGAGUUCUUAACUGGUAUACCGCCAUUUAAUGAUGAAACACCACAAAAAGUUUUUGACAAUAUACUUAGUAAAAAUAUUGAAUGGCCGCAAGGUGAUGAGGCACUUUCACCUGCCGCAAUAGAAGCUGUGGAUCUGUUAUUAACGAUGGAUCCAACUUCACGACCAGCUGCAAAAGAAGUUCAACAUAUGCGGUUUUUUAAAAGCAUUAAUUGGGAUAAUAUCGAAAAUGAAAAUCCACCAUUUGUGCCAACACCAGAUAAUCCAACAGAUACAAUGUAUUUUGAGGCACGAAAUAAUUUGCAACACAUCAAACUGUCAAAUUUUGCAGCAGAAGACUAAAAAACAUGACUUUGGAAAUUUUUGAUUGUGAUAAGUGAACUAAUUAUUUCGUGUUAUGUACCAUUUGUUUUAUGUCACUUAUGUUAUAACAAUAUUGGACUGUAUUUUUAUUUAGUUGUUAUUAUAUAUGUAUAUUGUAAUACAAUAUGAUUUUCGUCUAAUAGUACGUUCUUGAUUAUUUUUUUAUGUUUUAAAUUAUAAUAAUUUAGAUUUUAUAGGUUUUAUUUAUUAAAAAUUUAGUUCAUAC